AUGUCGGAGGAGAGCCCUCGAGAGUGCGCGGUGGCUGCCGAGCCCGGGGCCCCCACGCCGCCGGCUCCCGCGCCCUCGCAGAGGACGAGCGACUACUACCGCGUGGACGAGGACCUGCCGGCCAGGUUCAACAACCCGGCGUGGUUUCGGGGCUACGGGACCAAGGAGCCUGUCUCGGUGUACAGGACCAGUAACCAAGCUUAUGGGAGCAGAGCCCCCACUGUGCACGAGAUGCCGAAAGUAUUUUAUCCAAAUUCGAACAAAUUUUCCAGACAACUUGCAGCUAGUGGAAUGUUCCAGAACAAUACUUUCAACGUCUGCAUGGAGAAGAGCAUUGUGACGGGUCCCGACAACUACAUCACCUCCUACGACCGGUUCAACUUCCACCCCAGUUACAACAUCAACAAGCCGUCCAUCUGUGAUUGA